CACUUGUUGAACGCAAGUCAAAGCUUUCGAUCAGUUCACUUUUAGCAGCUGCAAUUGACUUUGCUUGUUCUUGCCACUUAUAUAGUAUCGUAUUUCGAGAUCAAAAUGUCGACGAUUGUGAGGAAACUUAUCAGCACUGCAAAUGCUGCCAAGCCAGUGGCUCCCUACAACCAGGCUGUGGUGGCCGAUCGUACUGUGUAUGUGUCCGGAUGUCUGGGUCUGGACAAGGACACCAUGAAACUGGUUCCUGGAGGACCCACUGAACAAGCGCAGAAGGCAUUGGAGAAUCUGGAGGCUGUUCUAAAGGCGGCCGAUUCCGGAGUGGACAAAGUCAUCAAGAACACAGUGUUCUUGAAGGAUCUCAACGAUUUCGGGGCAGUCAAUGAGGUCUACAAGCGGGUGUUCAAUAAGGAUUUCCCGGCCCGCAGCUGUUUCCAGGUGGCCAAGCUGCCCAUGGAUGCUCUGGUGGAGAUCGAGUGCAUUGCCUUGACCGGAUCUGUGGAGACGAAAACCGUGCAAUAGCAACUAAUGUCUAAUAAAUUGUGAGAAAAGUAGAAAAGUAGAACCAAAUGAAUAAAAAAAAAAGCGUAGGAAAAGUGCUGGAAAACGU